AUGGCUGUGUACAUGUGCCGGGCCGUGCUGCCGGCCCACGCCGGGCCCCGCGGGGAGCUGGGCGCGGGGCCGCUGCUGCAAUGGAUGGACGCCGCCGCCUGCCUCGCAGCUGAGAAACAUGCUGGGGUGUCCUGCGUGACAGCGUCCAUGGAUGACAUUCAGUUUGAAGAGGCUGCCAGGGUUGGACAAAUUAUUGCCAUCAGAACAAAGGUGAACAGAGCAUUCAAAACCAGCAUGGAGGUUGGCAUCAAGGUGACAGUACAGGAUGUUUUGACUAAUGCUGAAAAGAUUGUGAGCGUGGCACAUGCAACGUAUGUGGCCAAACCAGUUGGUGGUGGAAAGGUUGAGUUAAAACCUGUACAGCUUCUGUCUGCAGAAGACCACCUGGAGCACAGCCUGGCUAUUGAGAGGAGAAGAAUUCGUCUGGGCUAUGUCCAAGUCUUUCAGAAGCUGAUGCAGGAGAGCAAUAAGGAAGAUACUUGUGAAGAGAAAGAUGCAGUUUCAACUGAGCAUACCCACGUACAGAGCACUGAGCUCGUCCUGCCUCCUCAUGCAAACCAUCAUGGAAACACUUUUGGUGGCCAGAUCAUGGCUUGGAUGCAGACAGUGGCAAGCAUUUCAGCAAGCCGCCUGUGUCGGUCACACCCCAUCCUGAAGGCAGUUAACAUGUUCAAAUUCUGGGGGCCGUCCUUUGUGGGUGACCGCCUGGUCUUCAAUGCCAUCGUCAACAACACUUUCCACAACAGCGUGGAGGUCGGUGUCCGUGUGGAGGCUUACAACUGUGAGGAGUGGAUCCAGGACCAGCCGCGGCACAUUAACAGUGCAUUCCUCAUUUUCAAUGCUUUGGAUGACAAAGGGCAGCUGCUCACCUUCCCCAGGGUCAAGCCCACUACUCAGGAUGGUGUGAGGAGGUACCACGGAGCCAUUGCCAGGAGGAGGAUUCUACUCACCAGAAAAUGCAUGCUAUCUGCUAAAGGAGACAAGCCCUCUGAUGCCUGGGAGACAAGCAACCAGGCAUAUUUGAGUUACAGCAACAUAGCUGCACUGACACACCUGGCAGGAAAACCAGGGUGGGACAUAACCAAGACUCUGGAUAAUGUGAAAAUCUGGACCCAUGAGGAGGGUGCUGUGCUGUCAUUCAAGGUGGAGAUGCAGGUGAAGGUCCCAUCCCACGUGGCCUUCUCCCUCCUGUCCAACUUCAGCCUCCGCCAGCGCUGGGACAGACAUUUCCUGACGUGUGAGGUGCUGCAGGCUGUGAGUGAAGAGGAGAAGAUCUACCACGUCACCUCUGGCCCCACGGCAGGCCACCAGCCCAGGGACUUUGUGAUUCUGGUGUCCCAAAGGCAGCCCUGCCAGCCACAGGAGCCCUACACGGUGGCCGUGAGGUCGGUGACCCUCAGGGCGAUGCCCCCACGCCCGGAGUUCUGCAGGAGUGAAAUCCUCUGUGCUGGGUUCCAGAUCCACAGCAACAGCAGCAGCUCCUGCACUGUGUGUUACUUCAAUCAAGUGACAUCAGGAGUUAUGCCUUACUUAGCUGCAAAUCUUACUGGCUCAUCAAAAUCCAUUGAAGACACUGCUUUGGAGUGUAUAAAGUUCUUGGAGCUGCAAGACAGCAAGUGCUGAAGUUAAAAGCAGAUUUCUGAAGGGACAUCUGAAGAUUAUCAAGCACUUCUGGCUGAAAUUCCUGCCAGGGUGUGGAUCAUUCUUCUGUAGGUGACUUGCUUCAGAUCAUGUAGUCAGUAUUGGGAUUCAGCCUGAAAAUACCUGGCACAAGCAUUUCCUAUCAAACCAAGCUUAGGCCUUAGGCUCUAAAUUCAAUCUUUAAUAUAAAAAAGAUUAAGGAACAGAUUCUGCUUUUGAUUGCAUUAAUGAAUUUCAUAUAAAUGGAGGCAGAACUUGGCUCAGUAGAGCUGUAGUUCAU